CUUCACUCCAAGUGGGCAUCCGGCUUUGGAGGCUCACUUUGUCCACUUUCUCUCAUCAAACGCACGGCCUCAGCGAGUGUGUACAUAUUGUCAAGUACUUUUUGAACCUGGCAAAAGAGGCGAUUCGUCAAUAUUUGAGGAGAAGGGCGGCUGCUUCUGCGCUGCCAUUGGCUACUAUUUUUGAUUUUCUUCCAAUCACUUUGCUCGACCCAACUGAAUGCUUUCCCGUCCCCUGCUCGCCAGGAUACCCCCGAUAACCAGAACGCCUCGUUCUCAACAUCACUAGCAAACAAGGAACGUACCCCAGCAUGCUAAUUACACAACAUGCCUCAGCCGUUUUGCAACUCAAAUUGAUUAUAUCGCCAUUGCAAAACCUCAACCGGAAUCCUUGAGAAGUCGAACAGCUUGCCGGGUUGGGUCUCGUGAUGGUUUCCCGCACCCGUCUUGCUGAGCAAAGCCCGGCAGAGUACGGAGCACUUGAUCCAUGAUGGCCCAUACGAUGAGCAAAUCAAGACGGCGUGGUACAGGAUUGACAAUAAUAGCAACAGGUCUUCCUUUGCUCUCCCUGCAGCCGCACGCCCUGAUCCCGAACGCUAAGCAUGCGGCAGAUGUCGGGACAGUCAUUCUCCAAAAGCCGUGCUUUGUGUAUGCCUUGGCCCAACAGCUCGGGGUGCACAACGGAGCUGAAAGCUGCAUCCAGGGCAUGGAAAGCUAGUGGCGACCUGGAUGAGCUGGCCAUGUCUAUCAGUCACCGACCGACUGUUUGUUGGCAUCGCAUUGCAUCUCUUGCAUAUCUCGAAAACGAAAACGAAAUGCCAAAGCCGGCAUCAAGAUGGGACGGAGGCAACCUGUCUAAUAAUAUCGACACGCAUUGACGGUGCUUCGCCACACUUGGCCAAUAGCUGGGAACAAAGUGAGGC